AUGCUUCCACGGGACGGCAGUAUUGCUCAAGGGCACAACGGGGUGUGCAGGGGUGUUGCCAGUGCACGGACCAACACAUCAGGGAAACGGCAUCGUUCGCUCCAAGGCGUCUUCCCCUAUACCCGCCCCGCAAUCCCCCCUCCCUCAAAGAAUCUGGAGCCAAGCAUGCCACAACAGGCGCCUGCUCUCUGCCUCUGCUCUCUCACCGUCAGCACCAGUGCACCACAGGCGGUCCUGAGCGGCGCGGAGCAUGUACAAGUGAUGCCUCUGCGGCCGCACCUCCAACAAACAUCGCCACAUCUGCCAGCUGCCUCCUCUCUACGCGCAGCGGAGAAUCCCGUGGCAUCCCGACUCACAGAAGCGCCCUGA